AUGGCUUCGUCACUGGUCGGCCGGUGGGUUGCCCGCAUCCCCCGCCGUCCGCACGCCGUCCUGGGCGCCGUACGAUGGAACAGCUCCAUCUCUCAGAGGCCGGGAUCAGAUCAUGUCCGCUUCCCCGGCGCCGUGAACAGCAAAUUCACCUCCGAAAUGACCUUCUCGCGGCCGUCCACCAUGACUGCCAUGCCCACCUAUCGCGUCAUGGACUCGGAUGGAGUCAUUGUCGAUACCUCGCGCGGUCCGCCCGAUGUGCCCGAUGAGGAGGUCAUUACCUGGUACAAGAAUAUGCUUACAGUCAACAUUAUGGAUGUCAUCAUGUUUGAGGCACAGCGGCAGGGCCGUAUCAGCUUCUACAUGGUCUCCGCUGGCGAGGAAGGCAUCGCCGUGGGCUCCGCCUCAGCGUUGGCCCCCGAGGACGUGAUUUUCCUGCAGUAUCGAGAAGCAGGAGUCUUCCAGCAGCGUGGAUUCACGCUCAAGCAGUUCAUGAGCCAGCUCUUUGCCAACCGCAAUGAUUCGGGUCUGGGCCGGAACAUGCCUGUGCACUAUGGGUCCAGCAAGUUGGGUAUAUAUACGAUAUCAUCACCCCUGGCAACGCAAAUCCCUCAGGCCACCGGAGCCGCCUACGCGUUGAAGCUGCAGGCCCUGCAGAAUCCCAACAACCCGCCUCGCGUCGUGGCGUGCUACUUUGGCGAAGGAGCCGCCAGCGAGGGCGACUUCCACGCGGCGUUGAACAUCGCCGCCACGCGGUCCUGUCCGGUCAUCUUCAUCUGCCGGAAUAACGGCUAUGCCAUCUCGACGCCGACGCUGGAGCAAUACCGCGGCGACGGAAUCGCCAGUCGCGGCGUCGGAUACGGGAUCGACACGAUCCGGGUGGACGGGAACGACAUCUUCGCCGUGCGCGAAGCCACCAAGGAGGCGCGGCGCAUGGCGCUGGAGAACGGCGGGCGGCCGAUCCUCAUCGAAGCCAUGAGCUACCGCGUGUCGCACCACAGCACGAGCGACGACAGCUUCGCGUACCGGGCGCGCGUCGAGGUCGAGGACUGGAAGCGGCGCGACAACCCCAUCAUCCGGCUGCGCAAGUGGCUCGAGAACAAGGGGCUGUGGAACGACGAGCUGGAGCAGCAGACGCGCAACGAGCUGCGCGCGGCCAUCCUCAAGGAGUUCAACGCCGCCGAGCGCGAGAAGAAGCCCCCGCUGCGGUCCCUGUUCACGGACGUGUACGAGAAUCUGACCGAGGAGGCUGAGGCCCAGCGGCAGGAGCUGAAACGACACCUGGAAAAGUACCCAGAUGAAUAUAAUCUGAACGACUAUGAGGACGGAAUCAAGGGGUUGUAA